AUGUUGCCUUUCCUUCCUUGUUCUCUCUUUGAUUCCGACAUUGGGUCCAGUGUUGCAAAUGGUGUGACGGGCCUCUUUCCCUGUGCUCUUGCGGUUAUUGUUCUAACUGCAGCAUCUGUCAUUGUUGUGCGUGUAAUCUCCCUCUUCAGGCGACGGAGAUGCACCUCCCGGGUCCCUCAGGACUUUCGGAAUACUCAAUGGAGACUCGAAGACUCAUACUACUACAACGGGGAGUGGGAUAGUCAGAAGCUAUCCACGUACGCUUUUCUUGUAGAGGAGCAGCAGAAGCAUUCUUACCUAGUGGGCGUGUUUGAUAAAAAGUGUCGAGGCUACAUUUGCCCCUCCUGCAAUAACUUCAUUGACAGGGAUGUAGAAACCGUUAGGCGGCAUCAUUUGCACUGCGUGAACACGCUGACACCCAAUGUUAUUUCGUAUAGAGGGUGGUGGGCACAGGUGGACCAUACGUUGUAA